GAAUGAGCCACCUACAGAGCGUACAGUCGACCAAAUGUCAGAGCUGAACUCAUCGCUGCACUGAGAACAUCAAAAACCAAUCGUUGGCGAGGGAGGUGCAACGGCAUUUAAAAAGAGGAUUUGUUUGAUAAAUAUUCAACAUUUCCACCUGACUCCGCUUCAGUGAGCACAGAGAGACACAGCAGUCAGCAAUUGAUUUGUUCAGACUUGACUGAAAUGAAGACCUCAAUUCAAUCUGUCCUCCUUCUCAUUGCUAUGCUCGUGUCAACAGAAGGGGCAGACGAUGUGAUAUAUGUAUAUGCUCAGGUGGGAGGGACGAUCACCUUUGAGCUUCCAGAGAAGACUGAUUUCACAAAACAUUAUGUGUACUGGUACUUUGAGGGAGGGACUGAAAUUGCUUGGUGUACUCCGUUGGGAAAUAAGAGGACCUCUGAAGAUGAACUCUGGAAAAGCAAGUUGUUCUGGACUGGUGACCGUUCACUGACCAUCACCAACAUCCCAGAAGGAAACUUUGGGACUUUUGUCGGUGAAGUGAAAUUAUUUAGCACAACCAUUUCAACCAUCAGAUAUAGACUUCUGAAACUCACUGCGACUGUGAGCCCAGUCUCUCCUGUGCUGCCGGGGACAUCUCUGUCUCUGGUCUGCAAUGCAGAGACUUUUCAGGGUCAGAAGAAGCCACAGAUACACUGGCUGAAUCCCCGGGGAGAAAGAAAAUCUACCCGACAAUCAUUUAGUAUGAUGGCCAAAAACCAAGACAAUGGGGAUUGGACUUGUGUUGCUACAUAUAAUCAAAUAGAGAACAAAGCCAAAGUUUCUGUUACAGUUGUGGACCUGUCCCCAGCUCCUUUACGUCCUCAGUAUACAUCUAAGUCCCGGCCUCUCACCAUCCCCUGCUCUAUUCCUGAUCACAUCUCCUGGGGACAAAUCAAUGCUACAGGCAUCAAGGAAGUUACCUGGCACUUCAUCCCUAAAGCGGACCCGAGUCCACAAAGGCUCUUCUACCUCUCUCUCGGUUCACUGACCUGGAAUACAGUUCAAAACAAGGGACUACGCCCUUUAGGAGACCCCAAAAAAAGAAGUCUGUCUUUGACCAAAAGCCGAGGCACAGGAGAAGAUGAAGGAGAUUAUAUUUGCGCCCUGAAAUUCAAAAACGGCGUGACUCUAAGCAGGACUGUCCACGUACAGGUGCUGCAAAUCACCUCCUCCCUGGGAACAAAGUUAAUUUCUGGCCAACAGCUCAACCUGACUUGCAGCCCCGGUCACCCGCUGCCCCCUGACUUACAACUGAAAUGGCUCCCACCUGAACAGUCACCCCUGUCGUCAUCCCUGACACCUGACCGUCACCCCGCCCAUCUCACCAUCCCGGAAGUGGGGACAGGAGAUAGCGGAAAGUGGAGGUGUGAGCUGUGGCAGAACAACACACGGCUGACGUUGGCUGAGAUAACGUUGAAUAUCGAACCAAAACUGAGUGUGUGGAUGCAGGUGGUCAUAUGCAGUGUCAUAGUCAUCGUGCUCCUCCUCGUCCUCCUCAUUUUCAUCCUCUAUCGACGCAGACAACGGAAGACGAGAACCCUCAGGCAUCGACUUUGCCAAUGCAAAAACCCGAAGCCAAAAGGAUUCUACAGAACAUAACAUCUCCCAAAAAAGACGUUUUCAAGAGGACAUUGCAGCCAAUUGAAUUUCUGUCCAGAUAAGAUGGAUUUUUCUGUCAUAACUGCUGAACCUCUGUUAGGUGUGUUAGAUGAGGGUCUGAAAGUUUAAAACAAAGUUCAGUUCAAAGACUUUUAUCACACAAAAAUGUAUUUUCAAGUUGUAUGUAUGCUGUAUAAAUCAGCCAAAAUAGCAUGGAGUUUUUGUUUAUUUGACAGAAGUACUCUUCAUUUUAACAUUAUUGUUUGUGAUAAUAGACGUUAAUAGCUGUUUAUGUUGUACUCUCAUU